GGCUCGACUGGGGUCAACAGGACGGGGCGGGGGGGUGGACACGACUUCCGAGGCCCACCUGGAUAUGGGUCGUGACCUCAAGUGGAGACGCUUGGCCCUCGCCCGUCUCCAGCAGUAUCGCGCCACCGAACUCGCCAGGUCAGCCCAGCUGACGGCGUACAAGACGGAGCACGCCAUUCCCCUGCAGGAGGAGGGCGAGGCAGAGCCCGGCGAGGACGAGCGAGGCCUGGAGAUCGAGGACGAGAUCACAGUGCCACCUCCGAGCGUCAGCGUGGACCAAGUGGAGACUCGCCUCUGGCGCCUCCUGGGCAAGGUGGAGCUGCAGGGGAGGAAGGUGAGGGUGAAGGUUCAGGAGGCCGCCGCCACCCAGGAGCGCCUGCUACACCAAGUGAACCAGUACCGUGCUGAGUGGGCCCAUCCUCCUCUCACCCUUACCCACCUGCCUCACCAUCUGAAUGUCCAGGUGUCUGACGAACUCGUGAAUGAAUUUUACUGCGAUUCCCUCGACCUGGAGGAGUCUGGAGAAGUGGAGAGUCCUACGAUGGGAGUAAGGCGAGGAGGUGGUGGUAGCAGCAGCAGGAGAGCCACCACCACCUGCAGCAGCAGGAGGGCCACCACCAGCAGUAGGAGAGCCACCACAAGCAGCAGCAGGAGGGCCAGAACUUCCUCAGAAGGCGGCAUCCCCACCAGCAGGAAGCUUGCCAAGGACAGCGAAGGAACGGACGUCCCGCCUCUAAGUCUGUGUGGAUCACCCCGGGUCGUGAAGACCGGCAAGACACCACGAGUCUCCGCCACAACCCACACCUCUACCACUCCACAAGCCACCAAGACCCAGCGGAGUGGUGGUCGUGGGCGGCGUAGCGUGCGGGAGACGCCGAAGCCGCCCCCAGCGCCUCGCCCUUCCCUCACCCUCAGCCAGGUGCAGCAGAUCCAGCGGGCCCGCACCACUCACCUCACCUUGCUCUCCCAGGUUCCUGAGCCACUGCAGGAGGCGGCACAGGAGGUAGAGGAAGCCCUUAGGAAGUGUGAAGGAGAAGUGGUAGGCGAGCGCGGGCGGCUGGCGUGGGCAGUGCUGAGGGCGGGACAACUGGUCCGAGAAAUAGGCGUCAGAGUGAGAUACAGGGACUCUGAGAAGAAGCUCCGGGUGGCACUGAAAGAGAAGAUCCAGGAGCAGCAGAUGGUGAAGGAUAAGGUGCUGGCUAUUCGUCAGAGGAUUGAGGAGUACGAGCGUGAGCAGGAGUGUCUGGUUGAGCUCGAGGAGGAGGUGGACCGCGCCUUCGCCAACCUUGUUACUGAUAACGCCCAGUUUGAGGUCCAGCUCACCCGCUACUUUGAGUCUUGUCCUACACCUGGCCUUGCUUGUCCUGAUUCAGCCUCGAGCAGCGGGGAGAGCGAGGGAGGCGAGGGUGGUGGCGACGACGACACAGGCGACGACGAUGACUCCGGCCUGGGCACGGACGAGGCCAGGACCGAGGGCUCCGUAGGACCCCGACCACCGGGCUGCGACCCGGCGGUCUUCUCCUUCCUCACUGUCCUCAGGGAACUCCGGUGGCGGGUGGCCGGGGCAGCGGAGAGGAGCCGUCGAGAGCGAGCCCUCGAGGAGCGGCGCCACGCUGCCGUCCUUCGUCGUCUGUUCAGAGCUAAUCACGUCGCUCACUCUGCCCUUGCGUCACUCACCGCUCUUCAGAGUGAGCGAGAGAGGGAACUGGGAGCCAUACCAUCAGUGGUGUGGUUGAGGCGUAGCCAGACUAGUGGAGACCUCACGCCUCUCACCCGCCUCCCGAUACCCAACACAGAGGUUGAUAGCAUGGCGGGUGUCAAGUGGAUGAGUGAUGGGAGUGGGUCUCAGGCCAAGCUGCUCUCCCUGGACCAUCUGCAGCAGCUGGAGCAGCAGGUGGCUCAGGCUAAGGUGGCCCAGGAGCUGGCCGCUCUCAGGCACAGGGAGGGACGAGCAGAGCGACGCGCCCUCACGCAGCAGGUGGAGCAGCUGAAGAAGGACCUCACUUCUUUACGGCACACUUACCAGGUGACAAAGGGGUGUAAGCUGGGUCCUGGAGGUGAAGCAGACAUGGGUAUCGUGCAGGAGAAGUUAGGUACCAGUCUUGACAUGCGCUGGCAGAGCAAGGUUGCCAGCCAGAUGACUCGUCAUGACACUACCAUGACACAGCUUCAGGCAGAUGUUGAGGGCCGAACAAGAGAGCUCCGAGCACUGCAGAAGGAGGAAGCAGCUCUGGCGGCCCACAUCUUGGCGCUGCGUCAGGAGAAGGAUCACCUCCUCUAUCACCUGACACACGCCUCUCCACCUUCCACAGGCAGAAAGCAAGAAAAACGAGGCGUUACUAAGGGCGCCGCCGGCAAGAGCAGGCAGGUGGGCGGGUGUGAGGAGGUGGAACGCCUAAGACUCACUGUGGCCAGGCAGGACGGUGCCAUCACAGCUCUCAGGCGUGAAAUUAAUGUCCUCCGCAGCAAGACAGGUUCCGUGGUGCUCCCCGGCCACCUGCCUUUGCCCGCAGCCAGUGAUGGCACCUCCAGUCCUCCUCUGCCACACACACACACUUCCACACAAGAAUCACACACACACAGAGAAACAAAGUCUGCUGAAGCAACACUCUUCGAGGCAAAUUCUCAGCCUUUGCCUGAACUGGACCUCGGUGAUGCUCCAGAAGAUAAUGUGGUCAGUCCAGGUAUUGGUGAUGAGAGCAUUUCAGACUCUGGUGAUGAGAACGGUGACACCAGUAUGUCAUCAGAGUUAUCUGAGUCAUAAUUCUGCUCAUCAGCUUAAAUGUUUACCAUAGUAAAUGUGCAAGGUUUGCAGCUGUAUCUUCGCCUGUUAUGAUAUUAAAAGUUUUACCUGCAUUAUAUAUUCGUAAGAAACUGCAGACUUAUUUUGAAAAAAGUAUGUCUGAUAAUGCAUAAAUAUUGAUUUGUAAAAUAUCCAAUAAGUUUAAGAUUAUAUACAGUAAUUAUAACAAAUUCAAUGUCAACCAUGAAAAUUACAACUUUAGGAUUUUUAUAUGAAAGUGGCCACAAUCUUGGUCAUUCUUGCAGAACACUAAAAUGUAUUGACAUUAAUAUUGCAUUUUCCUUUUUCCUUUAUUUAAAUUAAUUUUUUAAUAGCAUUUGGCAGGGAAGUCCAAAUGGAAUCAAAAUUUAAACAAUCUAUUUUUAAUGUUAAAAGGCGAAUGUUUCAAGAUGAAGCCAUAUUUAUCUAGCUUAAUGCCAUCGUAAAAUCUGAGGUUGGUACACAGAUCUUGGAAUACCUUAAAAAGUUGGACAAGAAGAUUGAAACGCUAGAAAAGUUAGCUAUGACAAGCAGACUGGGUGAAGUGGGGAGUGAGACGGGAGUGGAGGAAUGUAAGAGGAUGAAGUAUCGAUUAUGGAAGAUAGUCAGGAAAAUGAACUAUUCAUAAGUGAUGGCAGUGUUCAACCCUGUGGUGGAAAAUAUUGACACAAAAGUUAAAGUCAAACGGUUUAGAAAAAUAGAAAUUGAAGACAUAGUUGAGAAUAGAAUCACCUUUGAUGUUAGUAGCUGCACAAGUGAGGAGAAAAGAGCUGUGUAACGUUGUUGGGAGUUUCUGUAUAAGGGGGUUAUGGUUCUCAAUAAAUUUACAGACAACGGUAAAGUUAGGGAGUUUGUAACUCUUCGUGGAAAAAAUAUGGUGCAUUUUCAACCCUGGAACGUUAACGGGUUGAAAAAUAGAGCGGUGAACGUGCACUAUUAUUAUAUUCUCAGAAUAUUGACUUGGUAUGAUGGAGAGAAUUUAUGGGAGGAUCAGACAGUUUGACCCAAGAGAUUAAGUACUAAGAUUCUUGUAAUAUAUUUUGUAAUAUGUACUAUGUGAUGACUAUUGAAUUAAGGUAUAUGUAUUUGUACUGUAUAUUAUUAUUUGUUAACUGUAUGGAAUUGUGAGCCCCUUGAGGGACUUG